AUGACUGCCACAACCGUCACUAGCACUGUUCCCCGUCUGAACCAUGCCUCUCUCCGCCUAAGUGGGCCCUAUGGAGAUUGGAGAGAUGAUCUCCAAGCUCAAGGCUAUGCGGUGAUCAAACAUGCUAUUGAUCCCGAAAGGGCCCAGCAGUAUCAGCGCAAGGCCCUAGACUGGCUCACCUCGUUUGAUACAGCCCUCAAUCUCGACGAUCCCUCUACGUGGACGAAUAACAACUUACCCGUUCACAGCAAAAUCAAUACUUUCAUCGGGUAUUCCGUCACCCACGAGAAGUUCAUGUGGGACGCUCGCAUGGAGCCUGGGAUACUGGAGGCAUUUGCUAAGAUCUGGGGCACCGAUGAACUGCUCGUCUCGUUCGAUGCGCUGAAUAUUACUCUCCCCAACCGAAAGGACAAACCCGCGCGAGAGCCAUGGCCCCACGUGGACCAGUCGCCGAUGCGUCGCGGGAUCCACUGCAUCCAGGGCAUCAUCAAUCUCAGCCAUGCGGGUCCCGAAGAUGGAUCCCUCAUGUUGUUUCCCAGAUCCAACACGAUGACCGAGGAGUUCUUCGACACGGAGACUGACCCAUCUACCUGGGAACAGAAGGACAUUCGCAAUUUCAGUGACGACGAAAUCCAGUGGUUCGAGAAUCGUGGUCUGAAGCCUACCAAAGUGCUCGCGGAGCCUGGAGAUCUCAUUGUCUGGGAUUCUCGCACAGUGCACUGGGGUGGGGAGCCAACCGUCAACAGCAACACGAUCCGCACCGUGAUUUAUGCAUCAUACGCCCCCGUUGCGCUAGCCAGCGAAGAAACUUUGGCACGGAAGAAAGAAGCUUUUGAAUCUCACCGGGCGACGACUCAUUGGCCACACGAGAACAUCGUUAUACGAGACGAACUGGUGCGUCUGCCCGACGGCUCCGUCGAUCCCCGCAACCGGGCCGCGCCGUUGGAAGAGCCACAGCGUACCGACCGAUUGCUGCAACUGGCGGGGGCAUUCGAGUCUCGUCCUGCCAUCGAAUAUCCCCGGAAGCGUGCUUCAAUCGCAUGUAAUUUCUGUCGUCAUCGCAAACGGAAAUGCGAUGGACAAAAGCCUACAUGUGGACUCUGCACUGAUGCGGGGGCGCAGGUACAGGAUAUCCCGGCCGAGAUCCUGGUUCGCUUGAGCCAUCUGGAGACCUUGAUCGAGCAACAAAAGGAUGCAAUCACAGAGCUAUCCAACCGGAUAGGCUCCCCAUCUUCCCAUUCGGACCAAUUCAGCCAUCGUUCAAAUGCCUCGAUGUUUUCUUCACAGCCACGAUACGACUGGGACCCAUCACCGGAGCAUCUAUACGAUAAAUCUUCGUUCGGUCUUUUCGCCCAGGAUAACCUCUACAAUCAAGAAUAUACAUUCACCAUCCCUCCAGGCCAUCACACUCCGGCAGGAAGCUUAUUUUCAUUGGAUCUAGUCAAGAAUCUGGUUGGCGACUACCCUCAGGAUUUCUUCAAGCAGAUAGAGAAGAAGCGCCCAUUCAAUAGUAUCCAGCUCGCAGGUGUACCGCAAUCGGUGGACCAAAUUGACACCUCUCGAUUGCAUCCCCACGUCACCAAGCCUCUGAUCAAUGAAUUUCUGACCCACGUCCAUCCAUUCUUUCCGGCAAUUGACCCACAGCUAUUGAAUAGGCUCUUCGAAACCUUUUCAGCAUACAACAAAGUCAACAACAUUCAAACCCCACUAUAUCUUGUCAUCCUUGCCCUCGGAAAAGUCUCCUCCAACCCCCAAAGGAUUUUCGAUAUCGAAGCGGAGAGAGACCUGAAUGGCAUGGAGUAUUUUGCUCCCGCAUAUCACCACUUGACCAACCCAUUGAUAAGGUCAUUGGGCGCGGAUCAUUUGCUGCCUUUGGCAUUGCUUUACGCCUCUUUGUAUCUGCGUUUCAUAGGGCGUCCGAUCCAAGCAUGGGAAAUGAUUCGUGAUGCAUCUUGCAGUGUCUAUCUUGCGAUUAACGAGCUGCAUGAUGGGAGCACAUACGAAGAGCGAGCCAUUGUAUACCGGACUGCCUGGGGCUGUUUUAUACUUGAAUGUGAUGACCUAGCGGAGUUUCAUUUCCCUCCCAGUAGCAUUGAAACUCUAGUCGAGAAGUUGCCCUUUCCUGGGAUUUCAGAAGAUAGUCGACACGCUCAUACGCUGUUUCUUGCGAUGUGCUCAAUCCGCAAGAUUCUCAACCGUGUGCACAGUACUCUUUACGCAAAACCUCACCAGGAAAAUUUCCAGCCCGAGUCUUCACCUCAGUCCACAAGUGAGACGUCCAAUGCGACUCCUCCAAAGCAUUCGAUUGCCUCCCUGAAGACAAUCAGUGAGGAACUGGAUCGUCAAGUGGAGAAUUGGCUUGAUAACAUACCAGGAUAUGUGAUGCCACCCCUAGGCAAUGCCUUAUCCGCCGACCACCCGUUCCAAACUCAUAUUCUCGCCCGGUACUAUGCCACCAAAUACAUCAUUUGCCGCCCGAGUCUUUUCUUCGCCGCCUAUACCCAGAGUGGCACUGUAUUGCCAGAGUUUGUUUUCGCCAAUUGCAAAAAGUGCGUCGAGAGCUGUCGCCAGUUAAUUUGGGCGGCAGCCCGUCUAUUGAGGAGGAGAACGUACGCAACCUGGCUCAGAAUGCAAUCCAUGCUGGCUGCCAUUUUCACUCUCUCGAUUGCCAGAACCACGCCGUCAUUAGAGGCACUUGUUCCGGACUUCGACGACCUGGUGAAGGAAGCGAUCCAAUGUAUUGAGCCAUGGGCGCACCACAGCGAAACUGCGGAUACAAUCCUCAGCAUGUUGAAAACGAUCCGCCAGAAGGUUCGGAAAUAUGCCUCCGGCACGACUAACAAGCCAAAUCAAUUCCAUCUAAGGUGUUCGGCUGGCAGACAAGCCGUCCGCCUGGGGUAUCCAGUUGGAUAUCCCGCAGACUCAGGGUAUCGUCACAUCUAUGACCCCUGCAUGGAUCCUCUACAAGGGAUGUCGCCGAAUCCCCGCUGGCCCUACCAGCCUUGA